AUGUUUAUUAAGAAUAAUAAAUCGGCACUGAUAAACGAAUCUUUUGUCAAUCAGACUAUUUCUGAGUUAGUUACUACAGGUUGUGUUGUUGAAGUACCAUUUCAACCUCAUGUUGUCAAUCCAUUAAGCGUAGCGAUUCAAAAAUCUGGCAAAAAACGGCUUAUUCUUGACUUAUCUUCUUUAAAUAGAUCAAUCAAAAAAGAUAAAAUAAAAUUUGAAGAUUGGAAGAUAGCAGUUCAAUAUUUUCAGAGAGAUUCGUACAUGUAUAAAUUUGAUUUAAGUUCUGGAUAUUUUCAUUUGGACAUUUGUCCGCAGCAACAAACCUUUUUAGGUUUCAGAUGGAAUAAUAGAUUUUAUUGUUUUACAGUUUUAGUAUUUGGUAUAUGUACGGGCCCAUAUAUAUUUACAAAAUGUCUGAGACCUAUGGUCAAAUAUUGGCGUGAAAACGGUAUAGAUGUUGUUUUGUACCUUGAUGAUGGUUUUGGUAUGUGUACAGAUAAAUCUAAGUGUAUAGAAGAUUCAGAUUUUGUUAAGAAAUCUUUAGAAGAUGCCGGUUUUCUCAUAAAUGAAGGAAAGUCCAUUUUUUCCCCUGUACAGUCAUUAGAAUGGCUUGGUAUUGUUUGGAAUGCUAGCGAAUUUAGUCUCGUUAUCCCAGACAGACGUGUAAAUGAUUUGCGUGUAUCGCUUGUGUCAGUUAUUGGAAGAUUUCCUAAUAUAACUGCUAGGACCUUAGCUCAGGUUGUAGGUAAAAUUAUUUCCAUGGCUCCAGUCAUUGGCAAUGUAGCUAGAAUUAUGACAAAAUUUUGUUAUAUGGCAAUAGAGUGUAGAACAGAAUGGGACAAAUGGCUGUUAUUUCCAUAUCCAUACAAAGUCUUAUCAGAACUGCAUUUUUGGUUAAAAAACAUACAUAGUUUAAACAUUAAGUUGUUGGGUCAUUACUCAAAGUCACAUGUUGUAAUUUACUCUGACGCCAGUGGUAAAGGGGCAGGUGCAUAUUCAGUAGAACUUGACAAGAAGAUUUUUCAUGAAACGUGGGAUUUUUCUGAAGCUCAAGAAAGUUCGACAUGGAGGGAGUUGAAGGCUAUAGAGCUAGCCUUGAUAUCUUUCAAAAAUGUUUUUGAAGGCAAAACGCUUAAAUGGUACACAGAUAAUCAGAACUGUGUUAAAAUUGUAAAAGCUGGUAGUAUGAAUGAAAAACUACAAUUUUUAGCUUUGUCGAUUUUUUCGGUCUGUAUUCAAAAAUGCAUUUCCAUUGACAUUCAAUGGAUUCCUAGAUCGCAAAACUCUCAAGCUGAUUAUAUCAGUAGAAUAGUUGAUUACGAGGACUGGGGCGUAUCAAAUGAGUUUUUUCAAUUUAUGAAUGAUUUAUGGGGUCCUUACACAAUAGACCGGUUUGCAAAUUCUCAGAAUGCAAAAGUGUGUAGAUACAAUUCUAUGUUUUGGAACCCGUGUGCAAUAGCUGUAGAUGCUUUUACACAAGAUUGGUCAAAUGAGAAUAAUUGGUUGGUACCACCUGUUUAUUCGGUUAUUCGGUGUAUUAAGCACUUGAUUUACUGUAAGGCCAAAGGGACCUUGAUUGUUCCUAAAUGGAAAUCGGCAGCCUAUUGGACUAAGAUUUUUGAUAAAAACCUAGAAUACCAGGUACAUGUUACAGAUGUAAUUGAAUUUAUAGAUACAGAAGGUAUCUUUGUGAGAGGGUCGAACCCAAGUUCUAUAUUUGCUCAAGAACAAUUCAUAACACCAGUUUUGGCGGUUAUGUUAGAUGCUACUCGGUAGCGGUGACAC